AUGUCAGCUUUCAGCGCCGUGCCGGUCCUCCCGCUCGCGGCGGCGCGCGACCCGGACACGAAGCCGGCGUUUCUGGAUCAGCUGCGGGAUGCGCUGCUCAAUGUUGGGUUUUUGUAUCUGUCGGAGACGGGGCUGGAUGAGGGGCUGGUGGAGAGGGUGUGCAAGGAAACCGUGGGGUUCUUUGAUGAGCUGCCGCUGGAGGAGAAGGAAGCGAUCGAGAUGAAGAAUCAGAAGAGCUUCUUGGGGUGGAGUCGGCUCAACAACGAAACCACCGCCUCUCGCCCCGACUACCGCGAACAGCUCGACCUCUCCACCCCGCAACCCAUCCCUGGCCCCGACGCGCCACUCUACCACAAUCUCCUCGCACCCAACCAAUGGCCCUCACCACAGCAUCUCCCGCACUUCCGUCCUGUAUUCGAGGAAUACAUGCAGCAGAUGUCCGCCAUCUCGACCUUCUUCACCUCCCUGAUCGCCGAAGCCUUGGGUCUGCCGGCCACAGCCUUCGACCGCUUCUUCGACGCCUCGCAGCAGCACAAGCUCAAGAUCGUAAAGUACCCAGAGGCUGCUACUGACAGCGACGAUGCAGCAGACAGGCAGGGCGUGGGUCCCCACAAGGACUCCAUGCUGACGAGCUACCUGCUGCAAGCGUCGCCGCAGCGCGGGCUGCAGGCCCAGAACUUGGCCGGAGAGUGGAUAGACGUCUCGCCUUUGCCGGGAACGUUGGUGGUGGCCAUCGGACAGGGCAUGGAGGCGUUGACGGGAGGCGUGUGCGCGAGUACUACGCAUAGGGUGUUGAGCCCGAAAAAGGGAGAGGGGCCGAGGUUCAGCGUGCCGUUCUUCCAGGGCGUGAGCUACGAUGCGAAGUUUGAAGAGAUGGAGGUGCCCGAGGAUGUUAGGCAGUUGAAAGAAGAGAAGGGGAAGAGGAGAGACGAUGUUGAGUUUACAUUCGUGAAAGGUCGGUGGGGCCACCUGGGGGAGGCGACGUUGAUGAACAGGGUCAGGAGUCAUCCAGAUGUUGGUGAGAGAUGGUAUCCUGACUUGCUGGCCAAGAUUCGCGAACAACAGGCGCGUAAUGCAGGAGCUUUACAGACAGCGCAUUGA